GCGGCGUUAGUGGGCCCCUGCGCAGUUUUUCCUUCCAGGGCCACCGACCCCGCCCGCCGGCUCGCCAACCUGCCCGCCCCGCUCUGCCCCGCCCCGCUCCGCGCCACGCAGAAGGCGCCCGGGGAACGCCGAGCGCCGAGACGAGCGCGGCCCGGGCCGGCUCCGGCGCUAGCGCUGCGGCUGUAGCGGAGGACUACAGCGACAAGGACGAGGGCCGCCCUCUGUACUCCCUGCGUGCGGCGCCGCUCCUGGCGGCUGGCCGGCCCUCGGGAGUACGGGCGAGGAAGAGAUACUGGAGUGAUGAUGAUUGUGGAUUCUUCUGUGGGAUUAGAAGCCACAUCUAUUGUGAUCGGGAAACUCCAGGAAUAGCAGCAGAGAUGGAUGAGCAGGCGCUUUUAGGGCUAAAUCCAAACGCCAAUUCAGACUUCAGACAAAGGGCCCUGGCUUAUUUUGAACAGUUAAAGAUCUCCCCAGAUGCCUGGCAGGUGUGUGCAGAGGCACUGGCACAGAAGACGUACAGUGAUGAUCACAUAAAGUUUUUCUGCUUCCAAGUAUUAGAACAUCAAGUUAAAUACAAGUACUCAGAACUAAGCACUGCUCAACAGCAGCUGAUUAGGGAGACGCUUCUCUCAUGGCUUCAAGCUCAGAUGCUGAAUCCCCAGCCAGAGAAGACCUUUAUACGAAAUAAAGCUGCCCAAGUCUUCGCCUUGCUUUUUGUUACAGAAUAUCUCACGAAAUGGCCCAAGUUUUUUUUUGACAUUCUCUCAGUUGUGGACCUAAACCCACGGGGAGUGGACCUGUACCUGCGCAUCCUCAUGGCCAUUGAUUCAGAGUUGGUAGAUCGUGACGUAGUCCAUACGUCAGAGGAGGCUCGCAGGAACACUCUGAUAAAAGAUGCCAUGAGAGAACAGUGCAUUCCAAAUCUGGUGGAAUCGUGGUACCAGAUUCUACACAGUUACCAGUAUACUAACUCAGAAGUGCUGUGCCAGUGCCUUGAGGUUGUUGGGGCUUAUGUCUCCUGGAUAGACUUAUCCCUCAUAGCCAAUGACAGGUUUAUAAAUAUGCUGCUAGGUCACAUGUCAGUAGAAGUUCUUCGGGAAGAAGCAUGUGACUGUUUGUUUGAAAUUGUAAAUAAAGGGAUGGACCCUGUGGAUAAGAUGAAGCUAGUAGAAUCCUUGUGUCAAGUAUUACAGACUGCUGGGUUUUUCAGCAUUGACCAGGAAGAAGAUUUGGACUUCGUGGCCAGAUUUUCUAAGCUGGUAAAUGGAAUGGGACAGUCAUUGAUAGUUAGCUGGACUAAAUUAAUUAAGAACGGGGCUGUGAAGAAUGCUCAAGAGGCACUUGAAGCUAUUGAGACAAAAGUACCACUUAUGUUACAGCUGCUAGUUCACGAGGACGAUGAUAUUUCCUCUAACAUUAUUGGAUUUUGUUAUGAUUACCUUCAUAUUUUGAAACAGCUUCCAGUGCUCUCGGAUCAGCAAAAAGCUAAUGUAGAGGCAAUCAUGUUGGCCGUUAUGAAAAAAUUGACGUAUGAUGAAGAAUAUAACUUUGAAAAUGAGGGUGAAGAUGAGGCCAUGUUUGUAGAAUACAGAAAGCAGCUGAAGUUACUGUUGGACAGACUUGCUCAGGUGUCGCCAGAGUUGGUGCUGGCUUCUGUGCGCAGAGUGUUCAGUGCCACACUCCAGAACUGGCAGAACACGCGCUUCAUGGAAGUGGAGGUGGCGGUGCGGUUGCUGUACAUGCUGGCAGAGGCUCUCCCGGUGUCCCAUGGCGCUCACUUCUCAGGUGACGCGUCAAAAGCUAGUGCUCUGCAGGACAUGAUGCGAACGUUGGUAACCUCUGGAGUCAGCUCCUACCAGCACACAUCUGUGACCCUGGAGUUCUUCGAAACUGUUGUCCGAUAUGAGAAGUUCUUCACAGUUGAACCUCAGCACAUUCCGUGUGUACUGAUGGCUUUCUUAGAUCACAGGGGCCUGUGGCAUUCCAGCGCGAAGGUCCGGAGCAGAACCGCCUACCUGUUCUCUAGAUUUGUCAAGUCCCUCAAUAAGCAAAUGAAUCCUUACAUAGAAGAUAUUUUGAACAGAAUACAAGAUUUAUUAGCCCUUUCUCCACCUGAGAAUGGUUACCAGUCGUUGCUGAGCAGCGAUGAUCAGCUCUUCAUUUACGAAACGGCUGGGGCGCUGAUUGUUAACAGUGAGUACCCUGCCGAAAGUAAGCAGGCCUUGAUGAAGGACCUCUUGACACCGCUGAUGGAGAGGUUUAAGGUUCUGUUGGAAAAACUGAUGAUGGCGCAGGAUGAAGAGAGACAAGCGUCCCUUGCAGAUAGUCUCAACCAUGCGGUUGGCUUCGCCAGUCGAACCAGCAAGGCUUUCAGCAACAAGCAGACCGUGAAACAGUGUGGCUGCUCCGAAGUUUACCUGGACUGUUUACAGACAUUCUUGCCAGCUCUCAGCUGCCCUGUACAAAAGGACGUUCUCAGAAGUGGGGUUCGCACCUUCCUUCAUCGAAUGAUCAUUUGCCUAGAGGAAGAGGUUCUUCCGUUCAUCCCAUCUGCCUCAGAACACAUGCUCAAAGACUGUGAAGCCAAAGACCUCCAGGAAUUCAUUCCACUCAUCAACCAGAUUACGGCCAAGUUCAAGGUCCAAGUGUCCCCGUUUUUACAGCAGAUGUUCAUGCCCCUGCUUCACGCCAUUUUUGAAGUGCUGCUGCGGCCAGCAGAGGACAACGACCAGUCGGCUGCGCUAGAGAAGCAGAUGCUGCGGAGGAGCUACUUCGCCUUCCUACAGACAGUCACCGGCAGCGGAAUGAGCGAAGUGAUCGCAAAUCAAGGUGCAGAGAACGUAGAACGGGUGCUGAUCACUGUUAUCCAGGGAGCCGUUGACUAUCCAGAUCCAAUUGCACAGAAAACAUGUUUUAUCAUCCUCUCAAAGCUGGUAGAACUCUGGGGAGGUAAAGAUGGACCAGUGGGAUUUGCUGAUUUUGUUUAUAAGCACAUUGUCCCUGCCUGCUUCCUAGCACCUUUAAAGCAGACCUUUGACCUGGCAGACGCACAGACAGUAUUGGCACUUUCUGAGUGUGCGGUGACUCUGAAAACAAUUCAUCUCAAACGGGGCCCUGAGUGUGUUCAGUAUCUUCAACAAGAAUACCUGCCCUCCUUACAAGUUGCUCCAGAAAUAAUUCAGGAAUUCUGUCAAGCACUUCAGCAGCCUGAUGCUAAAGUUUUUAAAAAUUACCUAAAGGUAUUCUUCCAGAGAGCAAAGCCCUAAGAAUUGGAUUUCCCUCUCCUGUGUCAUGAUCAGGAAUCCAGUUAAUAAUUUAUAAAGAAGUGGUUUUGUGUGCCAUUCACACUCGCCUUUUAACAUUGUUCUGAGCUUACUGCGGUAUAUGUGGGGUUUUCUGUAAAAUGGAUGUAAUUUUUCCCUAAUACAGGUAUGUGACAACAAGUAAAGUUGCCUGCAUGCCAGUUUAAAUUGUUUAUGUAAAAAUGCUGUUAUAAGACAUAGAUUUAUCCUAGUACCUUAAUUUUUUCUUUAUAUAAAACUUUAAAGUUCUUUAUAAAAACUAAAGUGUGGAAAACUGACUCUAACAAAUUGAAUGUAAAGUUGGAAAUGUUCAGUUUUAUGUGUGCAGACACAUAAGCUUUGGGGGGUUAACAAUCAAAACGUAAUUUUUUUGUAGAUAGCCAUUACAUUUCUUUAAACUGUUUCAAUGCCAAUAUGUAUUCUAUAAGAGAAUGGGUUCCUAAAUAAGUCGGUUUAAAAGUAGGUGCUGGUGUUAUACAUUUUUUAUAAAAUAAAUUUUACAUAGUGAAAUAUACCAAGUCUUUUCCAGAAUUAUUACAAAUAGCCUCCUUUUUCCACCUCAGUCACUCUGUGAUUUGCGACCUAAAGGUUUGCACAUAUGAAUGUGGAUGCCUUACUUCACUGACUGUGCCCCUAAAGGCCACUCGCAACCUAGGUCUGUUAAGCUGGUCUCUUUAAAUGCACUCGAGAUCAGCUCCGUGAAUCUAUAAAAGAAUUACAAAUUCCAGUGUUUUUCUAUGCUUUUAGAUGUACUUAGCACAGUAUACCUGGAUUUUUUAUUGUCUUGAGACUGGGUCUUGAUAUAUAGAACAGGCUGGCCUCAAAUUCACAGCCUGUCUCUGCCUCCCAGCUGCUGCGAUUAAAGGUGUGAACCACCAGGUGUGACCACCUGUAUGUUUGUGAUUUUGUAGUCAGUUACUACUUACUGCUGUGUGCUCCAGGAGAAAGCUAGAAAAGCAGUGCUAUCAGUGUUGGGAAGAGGGACAAAACUGCUGUGGCAUAGCUAUAGAUGCUUCAGUUUUCCGAGCCCAGUUAAGGCCUAGACCUAACUCCAUUAGCCGAGUGCUUACCAAGCAAGCCCAGGUUCCAGCCUAGUACUGCACAAAGGAACAGAAAGGGAGGAGGGUUAGGGUGCCCUCAGCUACAUAGUGAAUCUGGGGUCAGCCUGGGCUACAUGAGCACCUGCUUAAGAUGGAAUAAGUAAAUCUGAGAGGGUGUGUUACUCAGUGGUGGAAAGCUUGCCUGAGGACCUGAGUUUCCUCCCCAACACCACAGAACAGGGAGGGGACAGAAUGAUUUCAGGGUGGAUUUGUCUUGGGUUUCACCCUUGGCUGUGUGUUGUCAUGGGGUUUGUGGCCCAUAAAUUCCCUAAAAUCUUUUGAGAGUGUGUGUGUGAGAUUGUGUGGGGGUGGGGGGCGUGUAUAUAUGGGGAGGUUGAUAACCUUUUGGUGGUGGUGGUGGUUUUUUGAGACAGGGUUUCUCUGCGUAGCCCUGGCUGUCCUGGACUCACUUUGUAGACUAGGCUGGCCUCAAACUCACAGUGAUCCGCCUACCUCAGAGUGCUGAGAUUUCAAGUUUUGUACCACCACACCUGGCAAAUACCUGAUUUUUUGAGACAGGGUCUUCAGUGAACCUAGAGCUCAGUGUUUGGGCUGGGUUGGCUGACCUACCCUGUCUCUAUGGCCCAGUCUUCAGGCUACAGCCACCAGCUUCUCUGAGGGUGCUGGGGAUCAAAAUUCAGGCCCUCAUUGUUUUCAGCAAGCACUUUACCUGCUGAGCGCUCCCCUAGAUUUUACUCUAAAUUGUGCACAUGGGUAUUUUUCUGAUUUUUAAUUCCGCAAAAGAUGCUCAGUAUUUUCCUUACAUUAUAAAGUAAAAGCAGUGAAGUAAACUGACAGGAAACUGAGAAUGAUGAAACUAGAUUAAUGAAGUAUAUAUAGUACUUCUGUAAAUUUUUUUAAAUAGGUAAGUGAGCCAGAUUUGGUGGCUCACUCAUGCUUGUAAUCACAGCAUUUAGAGGAGGCCGAGGCCAGUCUGGGCUAGAGUGAGACUUGGUUUCAAAAACAAAACAAGCAAACAAAACAAGCAAAACUGGAUGUUUGUUUGCUGCACUCUAUUCACUGUGGAGAUGUAUUGGCGUCUCUUGCUGUAGUGUGACUGCAAGGUGUUCUAGUGAGUAGCACAGCACAGCAGUUAAGAGCUUGUAUAACAAGGACUCUAGACCCAGAUGAAGUAGGUUCAAACACCAUUUACACCAGUAACUGAUUUUAGGACCUUGAGCAAGUUGAAUCUCCCUGCCUUGGUGUCCCACUCAGAAAUGGGGGAAACAAUGGUAGCUACCUCAUAACUUGAUAAGAAUUCAAUGGAUUAAAACAUAGGCCUCGGCAUUAGCUUGGAUUACUGUACCAUGGAGUCCAUACACAGCUCCUUAAAGCCCUACAAUAGGUUCACAUGUGUUUAAACCUGAGAAACCAGGACAUGGAAAUCAGAGUGUAUAAAUAGUGAAUGUUAAUGUAAUCAUGUAUAAUAAUUCUCAUCUUCAUUCCUUGAGGUUACCCAAGUAUGGUCAUUAUCAAGAAACUGUUCCAUCAUUAAGUACCUAAUUUCUAAAAGCAAGCACCCAAAUAAUUGUCUCAAGGGGUAAUCUCAUUUGUUAUAGGUAAGAAAACAGAGGCAAAAGACCUAGGGUUUCACGGUGCCUGGCUUCGCCCCAUGCCUAAUCGACUGUUUCCAUCUCGACGCUUGCUAAUGGGCUCACAAGUGGCUUGCCUUUUAAGAAAGUACUUUGUGGUGUUUUCAUGUGUAUCACCUACGUGGGAAAUGUGAAGUCCUUUGGCUUAGUCAUAUUUCCUCCAUAACUUUGGAGCUGUGGGUUUUUCUCUUGGAGAAACUUGGAUGGACCUGUCUGUCACUCCUGUCAUUAUCAGAACUGCGAGAGAUUUUAAUUGUAAGCAGAAAGUGCAUUUGCUGUUAGAAUGGUUUCAUUGCCUAAACUGUUGAAAAUUCUAAUAAAAUAACUCUUUCUAAGAA